GCCAACAGUUGGAGAUUUGUUUUGAUUGUGUUUUCGUACACUUUGCCAAUCAUUUGAUCCAAUUAUGAGUUACUUCCGCACACUUCACGCCAAUCAUCAGAGUUUUGUGGGAAACGCGUUGCAGUUAUGCCUACAAAAAAUUAAGAAGGAAGAGGCGAAGAAAGCGGGCCCUAAGGUGUGGACACCAGACAAACUCAAGAUCGACAAGUCUGCCCUGAAUGUGGGUCCGCGAAGAUUCUCAGACAACCACCUCAAGGACUUGGACUCACUUAUGGACGACGUCUACGUCACUGAGUUAUACAAACAAAGACACCACUCGUUGGUGGAGGCGAUCGCUAUGCAUAGGGAGACCCACGACAAGACUGUCCUCAACGACCCCAACGCUGUCACAUUCUUUCUACUGGACAAGUUUGACGCCAAGGAGGCGGGCGCUGAUGUGGUCGGAGGCCUCGAGAUCAUCAAAAUGCUACAGAAGGGCGACCUAUCGAUGAGUAACUUCGAUGACCUCGUCUGUCACGGAGACCUGUUGGUCGAGUUGGCCGGCAUUCGGGGUCUACUCAUGCAGGCGUUCCCCACCAAACAGUCCCCAUUAGACCCGAAGCUAUACUUCUUUGACCACCUGAACCCAAGCCAAGCGCACGGCAAGCCAGCCGAUGAUAUGAGUGACCAACACUUGCACCAGAAUCUCACCUUUUUAUUGUCCACUAUCGAGAAGCAUAAGCCCUCCACCAGUAUAGUUCCGUUCAUAACUCGAGUUCUCAUACGAAGCGAACCAUCGAAAGAAGAGUUUGCACUCAAGUUCUGGGAUUAUGUGGACGGAUAUGAGGCCCGGAAUGCCGAGGAGGCGGUCGACGAUGAAGCUGACGAUAAAGGGGACGACGACAAGGCAUUGACUUCCCUUUGAUUGCAAAUUACCGGUAUAUCCCGUAUACCAAACACGAGUCAUUAGUUACAUAAAAAAGUCAUAAAAUAAAUAUAAAUG